AAAUGUGGAAGAUCGCACGGUGGGUGACGCUGGCAUGGCACGCGGCCGCGGCCUUUCCGUACCCGUCCACGCCGGCCAACCACGCCAGUGUCACAGCUGCGCUCGAGCAGUAUGCGCUUGGCCAGAAGGCCAUGGCGGCCAACAAGCUGGACGAGGCCACACGCUGCUACGCCGCUGCGAUCGCUGCGCACGACGCGUUUGCGCCAGCGUACAACAACCUCGGGUACAUCCUCGGGCGCCAGCACCGCAUGGCCGACGCGGUGGCGUACCACACCAAGGCCGUCGAGCUCGCGACCUCGAAUGGCGACUGGGAAACGUAUGUAUCUGCACAGAACAACCUCGGCUACACGGCGCGCGAUGGCAAGGGGUAUGCGCAGACGCUCGCCGCGAUCCAGCACUACGACCUUGCGCUGCGCGUGCGGCCGCCGCUUUGCGCGAACGCUACGUACCUGUCGGUGCUGUACAACAAGGCGUCGGCGCUCUGCAGCCUUGGCGAAAACGACGGCGCGCUCCCGCUCCUGCUCGAGGUGCUGCAGCUCGACCCGCACCACGCCGGUGCGCUCUUGGACCUUGGUACGAUUUACUACUACAAGGGCGACCUCGCGGCCGCGCUCGCGCAGCAAGACAAGCUCCUUCGAAUCGCACCGACCAUGCGCGACCUCCUUGGCGCGCUCAACAACAAGGGACAGUUUCUCAAGGAGAUUGGGCGCGUGCACGACGCCCUGCGCAUGCACGAGCAAGCGCUGGCGCUGGACCCGCGCGAUAGCAACACGCGGCUCAACGUCAUUACCGCCCGUCGGCAACUGUGCCACUGGGAUGCCGCCGACGACUGGCAAGAAGGCCUUCUCCGCACGACGCUGCACGAGAUACAAAUGAGGCACGUGCCGUCGCUGCUGCCUUUUGACGCGACGCUCAUGCCGAUCGCCGACGACGUCAAGAAGGCGAUCGCGGUCGCCAACGCCCGUCAAUGGCAGCAGUCGCACGCGCUCGCGUCCUCCAAAGAUACGACGCGUCUUCCACUGCGCGUCGGGUACUUGAGCUACGAUUUUCGGAAUCACCCGAUGGGCCAGCUCACGGUCGGUGCGAUCGAGCACCACGACAGGAGGCAGCUGCAAAUCUACGGCUACUCGUACGGUCCGGACGACGGGUCCGAGUGGCGCCGUCGCAUCGCCGCCGCCUGCCACGUCUUUGCCGAUGUGCAGCGUCUCUCGGACGUCGAGAUUGCUGCCGCCAUUGCAAAAGACCGCAUCCAGAUUCUGCUUGAUCUCAUGGGCCACACCCGCGGGGCCCGAGUUGGCAUUUGCAGUCUGCACCCGGCCCCCAUCGUCGUCAACUACCUCGGGUACCCUGGCAGCAUGGGCGCCGACUUUACCGACUAUGCGAUCGUCGACGCGUACGUCGUGCCCCCCACGCGGGUCGCAUCGACGUUUUCAGAAAAAAUAGUGUACCUUCCGCACACGUACCAAGUCAACGACUAUGCGUGGAGCGUCGAGACGUGCGUCACGCACUGCGUCUCGGAGCUGACGGCGUACGAGCCGCGCGCGUCGUUUGUCUAUUGCAAUUUCAAUACGAUCAACAAGAUGGAGUCGACGUCGUUUGACGCGUGGAUGCGGAUCUUGAAGCGCGUGCCCCGCAGCGUGCUCUGGCUGCUCGAACCCAGCGCGGUGGAUGCGGGCGUCAUGGCCACGUUUCGCGCCGAAGCGGCGGCCCGGGGCGUCGACCCGCGUCGGCUGCUCUUUGCGCCCCGGGUUGCGAAAGCCGCGCACUUGAGUCGGCUCCGCCACGCGCACCUCUUUCUAGACUCGUUCGUGUACAAUGCGCACUCGACGGCGUCGGAUAUGCUCUGGGCCAACUUGCCGGUGCUGACGUUGGUGGGGCACACGUUUGCGGCCCGGGUCGCCGGCAGCUUGCUCCGGCUCCUGGACGCCGACGCCGCGCGUUUGCUCACGACGUAUAGCAUGAAAGAGUACGAAGACAUGGCGGUGGCCCUCGCGACGACGCACCGACCGCAUUUGCAGCAGCUGCGGCGCGUUGUGGCGGCUUCGACGCUCGACACGCGCCUCUUUGACACGGCCGAUACCACCAAACGCUUGGAAGCGAGCUACCGCCUCAUGCUCGAGCUAGCGCCCGUGCGCAUGCAUGUGGUCGUGCAUCCGGUGGCGCGUCAUCGGGACGUCCGGCGCGUUGGAAUGGCCGACGCGAUUGUGCACGAGAUGCUGGCGCACCAGACGCGCGGCGAGUUUGCCAUCGCCGAAGUCGGGUACCGCCGACUGCUCUCGGUGCGGCCCGACCACGCGGACGCGCUGCACCUCUACGGCUUGCUCUUGCACGCCCUCGACCAGACACGAUUGGGGCUUCCGUUCUUGCUGCAGUCGAUCGAGCGCAUGCCUCAUGUGGGCUUUUACCGCGCCAACUUUGCGACGAUGCUGGCAGCAGCCGGCGACACUACGAGUGCGCUCCAGCAGUUUGCACUGGCACUGCAUCUCGAACCGAGCCAGCCCCGCGCGUUGUGGCAUUUCACCGAGCUCCUUGUUGACGCGGCCAUGCAUGCGGCGGUGCUCGAAGCCCACACCCGGUACUACCCCCAGGUGGCGCGGCUUUGGAGUCAUACCGAAAGACUCGCGCAUCUCUUCCACGUUGCGUACGCCCAUGCACAGCUUGGCCACAUUCCCGUCGCGAUCGCUCUCUUGCGCUCUACGUUUCUCAACCAAAGCGAGGACGUGCCGCUGAAGAUGGUGGUCAAGGCCAAGUACAAUCUGGGCGUGCUACUCCAGACGCUCGGCGACUUUGACGCGGCGAACGCACUUGCCAUGGAGGCGGUGGUCGCUGAGCACAAAGCAGCGCACGCUCGACAUGUGCUGGACGCGCCCGUACCACGCACCGGCGGUCGCAUUGUGGUCAUCUACUGCUACGAAUACGGCCAAACCUGGUGGCCGCACUGGGGACCGUCGUCGACGCGGGAUGGUGUCGGCGGCUCGGAAGAAGCCGUCAUCUACUUGGCCCGCGCGCUCGCCCGCCUCGGACUCGACGUGCGCGUGUACGCCGACCCACGUGCGGCGGACGUUGGCGUCGAUGGCGAAGGCGUCCGCUGGUUCUCGCAUGCAGCGUUCGAUGCGACCGCGCACAUUGACGUGUUUGUUGCGUGGCGAUACCACAUCUCCGUGGCGUUGGCCACCGCCGCGACCCAGUCGUUCGUGUGGCUGCACGACGUGAUCGACGGCCGCGUCUUGACGCCGCGAUUCCUGGCGUCGCUCACAGGGGUCUUCUGCCUCUCGCGCUUCCACGCCCAAGCGACGCUUCUUCUCGACACACCCAAGCUACGGCUCUCGGGCAAUGGCGUCCCACCCGCCGCGUUCGUCGUCGGACGCAACGACCCCCACCGUUUUGUGUAUGGGAGUGCACCCACACGCGGCCUCGAGACGCUCUUGCUGCACUGGCCCACCCUGCGCCAGGCGCUGCCCAACGCCACGCUCCAUGUGUACUAUGGGCUGACAGCCGCCGUGCGUCGAACGGCCUCGAUCGAGUGGCAACGCCGCAUCGAAGCUCUCUUGGCCCAGGACGGCAUUGCCUACCACGGCCUCGUCGACCAUAGUACGCUCGCCCGCGGGUAUGCGACCGCUGGCUUUUACCUCUACCCCACCACGUUUCCCGAGACGAGCUGCGUUUCGAUCAUGAAGGCGAUGGCGGCCGGCGCGAUCCCCAUUACAUCCAAGCGCGGUGCACUCGCCGAGGUCGUGGGACCACAUGACAUGGGUCCGGCGACCGCGCUCGUUGACGACGCGUCCGAGGCGUGGAUCCACGACUGGCUGCACAGUGUGAUUGCUGCGGCGCGCAUGGACCCAAAGGAGUUGGCCGCCCGACGCGCUGCCAUGGUGCAGGACGCGCGCCAGCGGUUCCUUUGGUCCCACAUAGCAGAGGUGUGGCAACGUGCCUUCGUAGCCGGCGUGUACAGAGAAGGAUGACGUAUAUAUAUGGAGCUACUUGAGCUGCUUUUGGC